CGGUGGCUCUGUUAGUGACAGAGUGACGAACAAUAUGGCGCCGGGAGUAGCUCUUGCUUUUGGACCAGUCGUUGUCUAAAGACCGGCGAUCGGACAGGAUGAACCUCUGCGCCCAAUAUUUACGCAGGCAGGCAGAGGCCCUGAAGGCUGACAUGACAGAUUUUAAGCUUGGUGCAUCAGAGGUCUGGACUUCAAGGCAAGCGCUUCAGGACUUGUACCAGAAGAUGCUGGUGACUGAUCUGGAGUAUGCUUUGGACAAGAAAGUGGAGCAAGAUCUCUGGAACCAUGCUUUUAAAAAUCAAAUAACAACACUACAGAGUCAAGCCAAGAACCGAGCCAACCCCAAUAGAAGUGAGGUGCAGGCCAAUCUGUCCCUAUUUCUCGAGGCAGCUAGUGGAUUCUACACACAAUUACUACAGGAGCUGUGUACCGUGUUCAACGUGGACUUGCCUUGCCGUGUGAAGUCAUCUCAGCUUGGAAUUAUCAGCAAUAAACAGACCAACACCAGCGCCAUUGUAAAACCCCAACCCAGCUCUUGCUCUUAUAUCUGCCAGCAUUGUCUCGUCCACCUCGGAGACAUCGCACGGUAUCGCAACCAAACCAGCCAAGCGGAGUCCUAUUACAGACACGCAGCUCAACUUGUCCCUUCAAAUGGUCAGCCUUACAAUCAGCUGGCCAUCCUGGCCUCCUCUAAAGGGGACCACCUCACAACGAUAUUCUACUACUGCAGGAGCAUUGCCGUCAAGUUCCCUUUCCCUGCAGCCUCCACCAACCUGCAGAAAGCUCUCGCUAAAGCUGUUGAAAGCCGUGAUGAGGUCAAAACAAAGUGGAGUGUGUCAGAUUUCAUCAAGGCCUUCAUCAAGUUCCAUGGUCACGUUUACCUGAGCAAGAGCCUGGAGAAGCUUAACAACCUGAGAGAAAAGCUGGAAGAACAAUUUCAGCGGCUGAUUCUGCAGAAAGCCUUCAGCUCCCAGCAGCUGGUCCACAUCACAAUUAUCAACAUGUUUGAGCUGCACCAUCUGAGGGACUUCGGAAAUGAAACAGACGACCAGAGCUUCAGCUCCGAGGAGCAAAUCGGCUGGUUCCAACUUCUCGGUCUCUUCAUGUCAUUUCUUGGUGUCAUGUGUAGCCGAGCACUGCUGAAUAUGAACCGAGGAGAGGAGAUCAUGGGAGAAUGUCCAUUGCCAGCCAUCAAGGUGUCCCUGGACUGGCUCAAACUACGACCUACCGUUUUUCAGGAUGGUGCCGUGGACAGACGACAGUAUGUUUGGCCUUGGCUGGUGUCCAUUCUGAACAGUUUCCAACCAAAGGAAGAUGAUGUUUCCUGUACAUCAAUAACUCCACUUCCAGAGGAGUUUGAACUGCAGGGGUUUUUGGCUCUCAGGCCAGCGCUACGGACCCUUGACUUCACUAAAGGCCACCAGGGUGUUGCUGUGGACAAGGAGGGUCUGCCAGUCCGUGCCCGUCAUCAGAGGCUCAUCAGCCUGGGGAAAUGGGUGGCAGACAACCAGCCAGGGCUGAUUCAGUACAAAGUCAGCGAUGGCCUGCUGCUGUUCAUCACCGACAUCGAGGAAUUGGCCAUCGAGGAACCCCAGGAGAAGGAUGCCCCUGUGCUCCAGGAGUCCUCCAACAGUGAGCAGACCCCCAACGAGGGCAACAUGGGCCUGAAGUCAGUCUUGUCCAUGGGCAAGACCCAGAACAGCGUGUUGGAGAUCGGCGAGAGGCCCGUGGUGACCUUCAAGGAGAACAUCAAGCCCCGGGAGCAGAGCAGGGAGCCUAGCCGCAAUCACCACCAGAAGGAGGCAGGGAAGGAACGGAGGGACUUCGGCAAAGGCAACGGAGUGCCGGGAAAAGGAGAGCAGAAGAGGGAUGGCAAGAGGAAGAGUGAGGUGAAGAAGAACAGCCAUGAGAAAGCUGCAGACGCAGGGAAACAGGUGAAAGCCCAGUCGGAUAUGAGGAAGAUGCCAGUGUCUGAGGCCAGGAAGACUCCAGUCACUCAGACCCAGACUACCUGCUCCUCCCAGUUCAUCCCCAUCCACCACCCGGGAGCCUUCCCUCCACUGCCCAGCCGACAAGGUUUCCCCCCUCCGGCCUAUGUGAUCCCUCCUCCCGUGGCGUUCUCCAUGAAUCCCGGCUUUACCUUCUCUACGGGCAUGUCUGUCCCCGGGCCGUUCCUGCAGUCGGCCUCCCACCCUCAGCAGCCCGGUGCCCAGCAGCAGGUGCAGGUUCAGGCUGGGAAGCCGUCGCACAUUCCAUACAGCCAGCAGAGGCCGUCAGUGCCGGGGGCGAUGAACCAAGGGGCUCCCCAGGGCCAGCCCCAGCAACAGCCUUCCCAGACCAUGCAGCAGGUGCAGCUCCAGGUCCAGGCUCUUGUCCAACAGCAGCAGUCACCCACCAAGCCUGUGCAGCCAGUACAGCUGGGCAAGAGCCCACCUCACCAUCCAGGGAUGCAGCAGUACAUGCAGGUAGAUCAGGCUGGACAGAUGUGGGGCCAGCACCAGGCCCAGCAGCACCAGACCCAGCCCACCAUGCAGAAGAUGCAGGCCAUGCAGAUGCCUGUCAAGCAGCCCUACUACAUGGGAAGCCCCCAGGAACCCCUCAAGCUCUUUGAGCAACAGCAGUACGCCAUGCAGACGGUUCCCCAGCAGAACAGCAUGGACAAGAAGAUGAAGUACCCGGAUGUGAAAAUGCAGGAUUUUUACUGGGACCCUUCCUACCGCAUGGGGGAUAACAGACCGAUGGUGGGCGAGAGGAUGGGCAAGCGGCUGCCCCCUGGGGCCUUCCACCCAGACCAGGACAACACACCCAGAGGGCCUCCUUUUGAGUUGCCAAAUCAGUCAAGAAUGGAAAGUGGCUCUGAGGUGAUUGGCCAGUCGUCUUCUCUCAUGCCCUUAUCUGGGUUCCCAAUUCAGGAGAGUUCCUAUCAAAACAACAGCAUUUUUAGCCAGGCCUAUGGGAAGAACAUGGCUCCCAACCCCAAGUCCGACGCUCCCAUGCUUCACCAGGAACCUUCUCUCUACUCCCUGUUUGAAGGAACUCCAUGGUCCCCAUCCCUUCCCGCCAGCUCAGACCACUCUACACCAGCAAGCCAGUCCCCCCAUUCUUCCAACCCAAGCAGUUUACCCUCUUCUCCACCCACGCACAACCAUGGCUCCAUCCCCUUCUCUAACUUCGGCCCCAUAGGAACACCCGACAACCGAGACAGGAGGAUGGUCGACCGCUGGAAGGUGGAAAAGACGCCUGUGAGUGGGUUUGGUCUGGACUACCUGCCCGCUGCGUCGUCAUCUUCAGACCACCGAACCCCUGAGAACAGCUGGCACCAGGGGAACGCCCCCAGCAGCUCCUGGGCCGCCCAGGAGUUGCCAAUGGAAGACUCCUCCACUGUGCUCCUGGACAGUCUGAAGUCCAUCUGGUCUAGCUCCAUGAUGCAGCCGGGGCCUUCGGCCCUGGAGCAGCUCCUCAUGCAGCAGAAGCAGCAGAGGGGCCGGGGCACCAUGAACCCUCCACACUGAAGGGCCUGCAGUCAGAAGCACUUGUGUGAAGAAGUAAGAAGUAAAAAAAAAAAAACGAGCUCCAAAUCGGAAUUACCGGCAUAUGGAGGCUGGGGAAGGUGAAACGAUGACCCAACAGGCUCAAAACACCCUUCUGCUGACGAGGAGGACUGGUGCAAGUCUACUCUCCACUCUCUCUCUGUGCCUCCCAUGGCAACGAGGGCGUGCAAGCACCUCCCACACCACCUCACUGAGCACGAUUCUUACAUUGAGGAAACUGAAAACCUCUGACAGCCAGUCACCAUGCAUACCUCCUGAAUUCCUCUGGAGAGUGUGGGAAUAAACAACCAUCCUUCAGUCCAUCUCACUUGGAUUCCAUGUAUCUGGUCUCUGAAAACUAUUAUUGAGCUGCUCUUGGUGUGGAUUUACUAUCAGUCUUUGAUUUGCCUACUGGAGAAGAGAGGAGCCUAAAGGUGGUGCGGGGUGUUUUUGGGAAGGCAAGGUAGGCCUAAAACGGUAGAUGUGGUGGUGAAAAAAAGAAAGACUGAUCUUUCUGAAUUCUUGACAAAAUUGUCUUUAUCUCGGACAGAGAGCGAUGUAGCCGGGUUAUGAAUGAACGAAUGAAGGCGUUGACAGCUAUAUUGCCACAGUCGUUGGUAAAAAGUGGGGGGAAAGCGUGCCUAUCAUACUGUGCACAGAACCGUUUGAAAAUGAGACGCAGAUUAUGCUAUAGAUGCGAUUUUCCAGUUUGCAGAUUGUUCCUUUCUGUAAAGGUUUUACAAGGAGGGAGGUGCAUCUUCAGGUCAGUUGAGGAUGAUGGGAACGCUUCACAAACUCACCACAACGUUCGCUCAAAAACAAAAGAAUCAAACUGAGACGGUGAUGAGAAAAUAGAUGUAGGGAUAAUAUUAUUAGCUCUAAUAGAGAUUUGCAAUUAUUAGAAAUACUGUAUUUUGUGAUUUGUUCGUAGCAGUUUUAGCUUUAUGAAAUACUGAGUAACUAUGUCCAAUAGUUUACUGCUUAUGGGGAAAGUAGAUGUUAAUAUGUUCUCUUUACCCAUCUUUCUUUGAGUAAAAAUGUAACUCUAGCUUAUCUGCAUAAUUGUUUAUUUCGUUCAUGGUCUGCCUUUUAAUAGUUUUAAGCAGCUUUAUUGGCUCUCUUUGUGCCUGGUCAGUGUUUUUUAUUUUAUUAUUACUAUCAUGGUUGGCACUGUCAUGUAAUGGAAACAAGCAAACGGGUCCAGCAAAGCUGCUGGUUCAGCAAUAUGGGGCACAAGCCAAGCGAGACACAGACCAUCAGACAGACAGUUGGGCUGGGCUGUGGCUGGGGGACAGAGGGCAGGUGUAGUCCCUGACUCCCCUACUUGGCUUAGAACAGGAGAGAGAGACUGAUUUAUGCUAACCUUUUCACAACCACUACUAUAAUCACAACAGUUAUCGAAUUAAUGCAUAUUAGGCCCUGGAGAGUUGCAUGCUUGGUUUGCUUGUCUAAAGUCAUAGCUCAGCUUUUUACAUACCUCUGUUGUGUGUAACUAACUGAACUAAUUGUUUGGUAUUAAGUUUCUGUCACUUGGGUUACACCCAAGCCAGAUAAUCAGAAAUGCCCAAGGCAGAUAAUGACUUUUUCCCCAAAUAAUGAAAUCCAUGAAGCACUGAGUGACAAUCAGCAGACCAAGAGAGGCUCUCCCGGAACAGGGUUAGAGGCCAGUUGAGUCUAGGGGUCACUGUUGGAUAGGGUUAGAAAUAUGAUGACUAUAUACAUUGGUACCCUCUAUGGUUUAGGCAGCAAAAGGCAUUUUGUAUUUAAAGAGUAUACAAAGACUUAAUAUCUUGUAUGAGGGGAAAAACAUGUUUUUAUUUUCAUGUAGAGAACAUUUUAUUAAACCCAACUUUAAAUGAUGUCUAAUUUGUGUGAUUGUGCUUUUCCUGUUACAUUAAAAUUAUAUUUCAAAAGAAAAGAUAAAUAGAUUGGACUGAAUGUUGGGACAUAUUCAGCCAGAAGCUAUUUAAAAAAAAAAUAAUAAUAAUAAUAAUAAUGAAUUCAGCACAUAAAUGCUAGAGUGGAACUGGGCUGUAAAGUUGGCUGUGUAUCUGCUCAUUGUAAAGGGGUUCUGAUUUCAAAUGUGUGGUUAGAUGUGUUUGGAUCAUGAAUGGUAUUUGUCAGUGGUGUUGAGCUUACCAGUUCUUGCUGUCGAGAUGGGCGGAAGAGGGAGUGAGGGGUAACGCACUAGAAUGUUAGAAGCGCUCUGCUCUGAGCAUCCUGCCAUUUACUGCAUUCAUGUGGACUCUCCUCUGCUGCAUCCUUAAUAAACUGACACAUCUAACAGUGGCUUUGGUUUUACCACAUUAAGGUUUGUGGAAAAGAACCCUGCACUUUGAGCAGUUGUAACAUUCCAUACUUCUAAUAGUCCUGUGGGACAUUACAGGCAAAGAAAACUGACAGACGGCUAUUAACAGUUCCCUGCACAGCUGACCAACCAACAUCAAGCACUGUGUCCCAGUUUAAGUUCAAUAUCAAGGAGAGAAUCACUGAAAGUUUGAAAUUGCAUGAGGAUUUGGAAUUCUAAAUGCUUUCACGGGUUAUGGGGAGCGAGGUUGGAGUCCUUUUACCUGUGGGAGGGGGAGGGCGGGGGGGGUCAUCCAGAAAUGGGCUUGUGUUCUAAGCUUUUUGUGUUUCGUCUUUCUCUAGACAUUCAGAAAUGGUGGAAUCGGCUAUGCCUUUAAAUAAAGUAAACCAUGUUCUCCCUA